AUGGCCUUUUUGUUAAAAGAGGUUUUCGUAAUAACUUUGGUGGCCUCUGCCCUAAGCUUUCCUAGGAAUAACCAGUUUGGUAAGUAAAAACGUUACAUUAUCAGGUCACGUCAGAUCUUAACCUGCGAUCAGGCGUAAUUUUUUGUGGGAGAGAACAAGUACUAGUAGGCGAACAGCGAGGAGAAAAAAAGAACAUGGGACAGUGAUGGGAGGGACGCCUGAUCGCAGGUUAGUCACAUCUAGAUUUUUAAUUUGUCUUUCAAAUAGCUAACGUUUGAUAUACUGAUUACAUGUACCUAAGUCGCUCUCUGUCAGGUCUGAUCUGGUUCUCGGUAACCUGAAUGCAGGAUUAAAUGGUAAUACUCAGUCAGACGGUUUUCAGUACGGUACAAUCCAAAAAACAGCAACCCUGAAACUGUAUCAAGAUAUUACCCUGUUUGAGUGCAAUGCCUCGCACUUUUUUUAAAAAAAAAACGUUUCGAAUGGACCGUAACAAUUUUGACAUUUCGCUGAAAUGUUAAUUUGCUCUUGAGAAAAAAUUAAAUUCUUUUACCGCUUCUAGUUCGUCAGAGCAUUGGAGAAGAUUUUCGUUGACAAUCGUUUCUUUAAAAAAACCCUAGAUCCAAAAAUGGAAGAGUUCAGAUUCAAACUAACUAUCUGAGAUAAAGUUGAGUCAACUAAGGAUUAAAAAAUGGUAAAAGUAAUUUAUCAGCAAAAAACACAAGCGCUGCGUGCCUGCAGUGUUAACGAGAAAUUUAUAACUGUAUGAGGUGUGUAGCCGAUUUAGCCCGAGGAGACAGUGGAAAAUAACAUUGCAUUACAGUAAUGACAAACAUACAAUGAGAUGAAAUUGGAAUUUCAGUCUGUGUCUCGUCAGCGUGGCUUUUUCCACUAAGUCCGUACGGUUAUCACCCAAAAUUUAAGCAAAAAAUAAACAAAAAAUUAAAAGAAAGAAAUUAAUAUCAUGAAAUGACGAGGGUGCAAACGAAUACAAUCCCGUCCAUAAUUACAUUUAAUUGUAGCCUGUGCCAGGCUCUCAGAUAGUAUAGUACUGACGUAUUAAAACGAGCAAAGCGAAAAUACGACGCACGCGACUUGGGAAAGAGGGCGGUGGCGGCGAGAAAAAUGCCGCCCUGUCUCUCCCCAGCCCCCGCGCGUUUUCGCAUUUCUUUUUACUGAACGACUUUUCACCAAUAUCUCGGAGCCUGGAACAGGCUACUUUAAUUGAUGCUUGGAGUUAGAAGAUUCAAAGAUUUAUUUUGUUAACAGAACAUGUGCAUGACAAAAAUGAUCCUAUGGGCCUUAUUCAAGAAGAUCCUGAAUUAUUCGUGAGGCCAAAACUGGAUGACGGUAAGCAAAAAUCGUUUUUGCCAGAGGGGGGGCUGCCUGAAUCUGAAUGCCGGGCGUAAAGAAACUAAUGGGAACGUACUGAACUUUGGCAGUGAUCUGCACCCCUGGUGUCAAACUCAGUUCACAUUCACCUUAGGGGACGUACAUAACACAUCACUUCACGGUGGGACCUGAAAAGCGGCCUACAAGCGGCCUGGAGAGUCCAUCGCACAGUGCCUGGAGAAGAGUGGUUGAAAAGAUUUGGAUUUGUAUUUGUAACGCGAUGCCAUGUAGUCCAGUCCACAACACGACAACGUAAUGCCUUGAAGUAAAGAAAUCAUAUAAUUUUAAGUGAUCUACUAUUGCGUUUGAGGCAGAAGGCAUGAGAGAGCUCUAGCGUGUCUGGUCGGCAUAGCACAGCCGAAAGUCUGAAAACCCUUAUAUAUCCCAUGUUUCCCUUUUCUCAAUUUUGCUUUAGAAGUGAGCCAUUCAAUCUCCAUGGUAACCGACGAAGAUCCACCAGACGAAGUUUAUCCAGUGGAGGCCGAGAAUAAGGUACAGGACCCUCACCAAGAUGAUCUAAAAGAGGUUCAUCCGCUAACAAAUGCUCAACGAGGUGAGGCUAAAAGACAUUAAAUAAUGCUAUUGCAUUCAAAAUAACUUGCAGAAUAGUGCCUUAUUCGUUGGUUUCCCCAAGGUUUAGCAGGGACCACGAACUUGAAAGGCGGGCGCUAAAAUAUCCCCAAAAUAAGCGAUUGCUGGCGACUAAGGACAAGGAGGGGCAGCGGUAUGUACAGCAAGUGUGAUGCAUCUCAUUUAAGCUGAUCCAAAGGUCACAAGCAGCCUGGCAGAGUCCACCAUAAAAUGCUUAGACGGGAGUGGUUAUUACGACUUGGAUUUGUAAUGCGCUGCCUUGAAUACAAUAACGCAUUGUAGUGCAACUAAACUGUUUAACGUAAGGCAAUGCAAUGAAAUGAAGGAACAGAAACGUUUUCGUGAACUACGAGAGGGUUUGAGGUACAUACAAGGCUUGAGCGUUAUCCAUGUUAACCUUGUGACUAUAGUUAUUUUCUUUCAAAAUUUACAUCAGAAUUUGAAAGUACAUUCCCCUCACUACCUGACGAAGAUCCACCUGGCGAAGAGUAUCCAGUAGAUACAGAGACUAAAGUAGAAGAUCCGAAAGAAGUGUAUCCUCUGGUCUCUUCUAAAGGAGGUGAGGGUUUAAGAAACUGUACAGUGUUGUCAGUAUAUAACCAUUUGAGGGCAGUAUAGAAAGAUUGAGCUAGAUGCUUGUACUAGUCGUAUAACUUUCCCCAUGGUGUACUCUGCUAAGCUCAUGUUUAAAAAUGGCGUCUGACAGCGCGAAAUGGAGUAACUAUGUACACAGUCACAUAUCGGGUACUCAUGGUGUGAACACAACACCAUUUUGUGUCGGUACCUGAGCACUGGCUCCCGGGCACCAAGUGUGGACAGCCCCUUUAAGAUUUUAGUUCUAGGUAAAUGUGAUACAAGACGAAAACACAUGUAUUUCAAACUUCCUUCACAGCCCGACGAGUGAAAAGAGGAGCGAAUGAAGAUGAUAAAUGGCCAGCAACAACGGAGGAUGGGCAAACUAUUGUUAGAAUCCCCUACGUAGAAUCAGGUACGACUUCCACUGACUUCUUUGCCGCGCAAUCCUGAAUCAUAGUGAGUUUACGCAACAGGAGGGCAGAAAGAAGAGGGCGGCAAAACGCUUGUUUGUGACAAACGUGACAGGCCAAAUUCUUUCUUUUUUUGUGGUGAUCUUCACUUAAGUUAAUGUUUUCUCACCUGUUUAAAAAAGGGUGAAGUUCGGCGAAAACUUUUUUCAAACAAAAUUAUUGUCACGCUUGUCACACAAGGUUUGCCGUCUUCUUUCCUCUCCCAUCCUGUUGCGUACCACACAACUGUACUUAUAACAGUGCAGGACUGAUUUGAUGCCAAACUGCCUAUUGAAGGAAAAAUCGUAGGGAAAAUUGAUGUCACGCCUCUUACCUAGAAAAGUAGUAUGAGAUGUAAAACUGACCUUCAAUAAGCAUUCGAAAGUAAGCUAACUGAGACGGAAUUGUAGCAAUCCAAAUGAUCCAGUGAUAUAAAAAAAACUCAACUUAUGUAGCGGUCGUCAAGGUAGCGUCCAGUACGGUGACCAAGGGCCCGGUUUCUCGAAAGGCCUGGAAACUUUUAGGGCCCGAAGGCAAAUUUUAAAAUCAAAACCUUUUGAACAAUAGCACAGUUAAGAAAUUUCAAUAUUCAUGAAUAUUUGGCAGACAGAAUAUUGAAAUUUGACUACUGUCUGUUAAAUCAACAUAGAGGUACUCAAAAUAUACCCACUAACGACGUUAGUCACGAGUUUCAGAGCCAAAGUUUACUGUUAUCACAUUCAGUGAAAGAGUGAAAGACUUUUCUCCGGGCACAAUUAUUAGAGUGGACUGUCAACAUGCAAAAUUUGGAAAAAAUCUUUCAGUCGCUUAAACGACUGGGUAAUUCUACUGCAGAUAAAGCCGAGUAUUUAAAACGCACAACAAGAAAACAGUAGUAGGGAAAAUAAACAGAGUAAAUCCUUAAGAUAUUAGCGCUUGACUUUAUAUUUCGGACGCCAAAAGAACGUCACGUAUUUGCCGUAAAGGCGUUAUAGUAAGCGCUACAGACGUGGUAAAACGAUUAAUUCUCCUACAAGAAAAUUUACUAUUAUUAAAAAACUUAAAAUCUCUAGAUUAGAGGGGAAAAAUGAGCUGAAAAAUAUGUAAAGUCUUUGAGAUAUGGCCAUUCAGAAGAGUACAAGACUUUUGCGCGCGGCCAAUUAUUAAGGGCGUAUUGACAUGCAAAAUUUUUGAAAAACUUUUUGGGACGCUUAAGCGCAUAGAAACAUUAAAGGGCAAGAAAAAAAGAGUUUGCAAAAUAAAGGGAGUAAAUCUUUAAAGAUAUUACCGCUCGAGUUUAUAUGUCAGCCGCAAAUUGCACAUUUUUCACUUCACUGAUUAGCGAUCCUCCGACGUUACAGUAUGCGCGGCAAGACAUAGCAAGAAGAAUAAUGCGUGUAGAAAGAUAAAUUUCUAUCAUUAAAAAGCUGAAAUUCUCUAGAAUACAGGAAAAAAUAGCUCAAAAGCAUGUAAACUCUUAGAGUUAUUGCUAGUCAAAGAGUGGAAGACCUUCCCGAGCCGGGGCCAAUUAUUGAGCGCGCACUGUUCACACGCAAAAUUUUUUCAAAAAUUUUUCAGCCGCUUAAGCGCAUAUGUGAUUCUACUGAAGUUGAAACUGAAAACUAGAAAAAUAAAGGGGCAAGAAAAAAAUAGUUUGGUCAAUGAAAGGAGAAAGUCUUUGAAAAUAUUAGCCCUCGAGUUUAAAUGUUGGCCGCAAAAAGCAGAUUUUUCACUUCAGUACCGGUCCUCAGACGUUUCAGUAUGCGCGGCAAGACAUAGCAAGAAAAAUAAUGCUCGUAGAAUGAAAAAUUUACGAUUAUAAGUUCCUAGCUCAAAAACCAGUCAAUUCUGCUUUUCAACUGAUAGUGUUAUUGCAUCGUUUUCAAAACUUAUUGAAUCUUUGUUUGUAAAUGCAAACACGACAAACACAAAACAGCUUUUCGGGGCCGAAACGUUACCGAAGUUUCGAGAAACGCCGGGCCCCAGACUGGAAGUAAUUUUUCCCUCCCCGCGUCAAUGCCUAAAGUUUAUAAGAUGCCACGACGGCAACACCGCUCAAAAUGCACUCUUUCAAACUUUUUCGCGAUUAUUACACUGAGUCGCUUACUUUGUCAAAUGUACGCGAACUUUAAGUAGAAUCUUAAGUAGGCUAGACCCAGAUAAAAUUCAAUUUUUUUCCCAGGGUUGUUCCAUGCAGUGGCCUAUCUACAGUAUAUGUAUUUUCUUUCCAAACAAAAAAACACCAAAUGCUUUAUUUGCAUGACCAUAAAGGAAUUACAGUAUUGCAAAAGCUAUUAGUCUAAAUUUAAGUACUAAUUCAACUAAUUAGUACGUGCAAAACAUUACAAAACAUUACAGUUCUCAUUCAUUCAUUUAUUCAUUAAUAUUAAUUAAUUCAAAGCAUUGCGAGAUAAAUGAAACUAAUUGACAGUUAAUUAAAUAAUCAGAAGAAUUCAUAAGAAGAGAUAUUAAAGUAUCGCCACAGAAGAAAGUGAUUUGAAGUCAGGUAUUUUAGUUUCUAGUUUGGAGAAAAAUAUGUCUCUGAUCUGAGAACAGGCCUUACAAUCUAGUAAGAAAUAAAUUUCAUCUUCAAUUUUGUUACUUGUACAAAAGUGACAUGUCCUUUCAUUGCGCGGGAUGUUUUCGUAUCUACCUGUUUCAAUUCUAAGUUGAUGACUACUUAUGCUAAAUCUAAUAACUAAUGCUUUUCUCGAAGGGUUUUUUCUUGUUAAAACUAGGUACGGCGAGGGGCUACAGUCGUCUUUGAUUGUACAAUAAAAUUAACUAAGUUUUUGUGAUUGUUGAAGGCUCUGAUUCCAGUAAGAGACGUAUUUAUUUUUCAUUGACUUUUGAGUCACUCAAUGAAUUACAGGAAAAGUUAUAGUUUAGAUCAUAGUAGUCAACCAUUUUCAUGAGAUUAGAGUUAAAGCUAGUUCUUCCGUUAUGAUGAAGAUCAAUUGAGCGAUGACACAAAGAGAUGGUUAAAAACAGUGAUUCAGGAGCUGGACCAAGACACUUGUAUUCGUUUUAAGGAAAAGACCAAUUCAGACAGCCACUGGGUAGAAUUUAAAACAGGAAGUGGGUAAGUUGGGUGUUCAAACUUUACAUCACUUAAUUUAUUUCCCUUGUCAAACACAUUAGGAAAGAUCAAUGAUAAGUAUAUUAUCUUGGAGGUGUAGUUCGGGUAAAUUGGGAUAUAAAUUAUGUCAUUUCUACUGCUUAUUGCAAUACUGAAAGAGAUUCAUCAUUUCAUGGGGACAGUCCGGCGGCAGUCGGCUGAGGGUGGGCAAUGAUCUUAGAGCCGGGAAUCAUAAGGUGUUCCCUUCAAGUUUAUUGGUCUCUAACAACUGCGUUUUAUUAUCUGAUGCGUGUUUACUCCAUCUCAUCACCUAACGAGAUACUUGCACAGGCCACAUGCCUACAAGUGUCUUUAUGUGAUAAGAUGUUUACGUAAAGAGGGAUACCAACAACCAGAUGUAGAUUACAUUUUUAGAUCAAUUGUUUUACCGAAACGGACGUAUGGACUACCUGUAUACCCCUCCUCAAUACCGGAAUUAACAACGGUCCAGAAUUUUCUACAGCGCUGCUUUAAACGCAAAUAUAUUUCGUACCAAAUUGACAUAUAUAACGUAUUAGAAGGGGUAGAUCGCUCACUAUUCAAGAUCUCUAGUAUGCCCGGCCACCCUCUUUACCCUUCCGUCCCAAAAACGGAAGAAAGUUCAGCGCGCCUCCGAGUUCCCAGCAGUCAACUCCGUAAGGUUAAUACCCAGCGUUUUAAAAAUAGUUUUUUUAAUAGGCUAUUUUUCAAAUAUAGAGUAGCUAUUUAAUGUAAUGUGGAUCUUGAAUGUUAAAUUCAAUGCUUCCACAUGGAAUUUUUUGAGCCUUGUAAUUCUUUCUGCUAUUUUUCAUGUAAGUGUUCUUGGUUUUAGUAUGUAUUUUUGCUUAAAAAACAAUAAAGACCUUUUAUUUAUUUUAUUUACAUGAGUUUAAGGCUGGUUUUCAUUAGCUACGGAGUCGGAGUCGUAAGGCCAAGUGGAGUCAGAAGUCAGAAUCGUAAGCGGAGUCCGAGCGCGACGGAAUCAGAGUCAGAAGAAUCAGAACGUUUCCAUUUUCUCCCGACUCCGCUUAUGACUCCGUUGUUUACUAUCUAGUGAAAACCGUAGUCGGAGUCGGAAGCAGUAGCGGAAGGAUAAGACAACGUUCCCACAAUUUGUGAUUGGCUUAGUUCUUCCGUUUCUUCUUGUUUUAACUCCGACGACCCUGUUUUCACUUGAUCUUAUACGACGGAAUCAUAAGCGGAAUCGGACGCUGUUUUCACUAGAUCGUUAAGUUCUACGCUUCUGAUUACGACUCCGACUCCGACUCUGACGUUAUUGAAUACCAGUCGAAACAUCAAGAAAAGUUUCACGCCGGCUUUGUUUCUGUAAAUUCAGCGUAACUGCUUUGAUUUUAUCUUUUAGCUGCAGUUCAUACGUUGGGUACAAACCUAGCAUUAACCCCCAGCCUGUGACCUUGGACUCCAGCGUAUGCUAUUUCCGAAAAACAAUUGCUCAUGAAAUAAUGCACCUGCUUGGGUUUUAUCAUGAACAAACCAGAUACGAUCGAGGUCAAUACAUUAACUACUAUGCGAAUAAUGUCCAAUCAGGUAUGGCCACAAUAGUCAAUGCUAGUUCUUAAGCCUAUUAUGACGUUUAUAAACAAGCCACAUUGCCUCCUCACCACUCAUACUGCAAAUAAAAAAAAGAUAAGAGCACUCAAAGCGCCCCCCAUCCCCUCCCCAUGCAGGGUCAGUUAUUAAUUACCGAUUUAGCAUUCUACAUACUUACCCUCAACCAAUACGCCAGAACUUGUAGCCGGCAUUGAACGGAUCUAUACGAGGGGAAAGAGAUUAUAAUUACGAGUGACAGUCCGCACAUAUCUUGUUUUUCAUGAACAACGUAAGUAAAACAUAAAGCUUUGUGGUGAGGUCUAUUUUAGUGGUUAAUUUUCUAUCAAAAUUUAGCAUUAAAGGGUUAUGUUGAUCGGUAGUUGUUGAAAAAGGCAGCUAAAGGACCUUGCGGGCCUUGCCUAACCAAGCCACAUUCUUUCUUUUUUGUUGCGGCAGGAUUGACGAGUCAGUUUGAUAUAAUUUACGAUCAGCAACUCUGGGAUUAUGGGUACGAUAUAUCAUCUGAUAUGCAGUACAACGAGAAAGCGUUUAGCAAAGACGAGACAUCAAAGACUAUGGAGGCCAAAAACGGCCAGCCACUGGGAUCCAACUCACACAUGGACGCAAUGGAUGUAGAAAAGGUCAAUAGACUGUAUGGCUGUCCUUAUAUAGGCUGUAAGUAUAUACUAUAUCAAAAAAUUACGCUACUUACUGAUUUAACGCGCCCUGAGAGUCCCCUUGAUUAUGUGCUCUGUGAAGCCCAAAUAUAUCAUAGCGGAGCUCCACGCGCGGCGCGAAGGCGGAGCCCCAUAGCUAAGGAAAUGUGGUAAUCUACCCAUCCGAGAAAAUUUGGUAAUCACGUGACCGUACACCCACCGCCUGCCCGACCGUCCGUCCGCACCACAGGCAUACCAAUGUCAAAUAACUCAAUCAACAGGUAUAGCAACCCAAAUGCAACUCAAGGUUUUAUUUGGAAGGAAAUCAAAUGGCCACCCUGACUUUUAGAAAGAAAAAACAACAACAAAGUCGUGUCUUUUUCGGCGUUAUUUUUUAUGCUUACACUAACGUGGAUAACGGAGAAAGAGCUAGAGCUAGUUAUUGAAAACAAAGGAGACGAAUUUCGUAGGAAGAAAAAACAUGGAAAUUCAAAGCGGCGGUGAGAAAAUGAGAAAUGCUAGCGGCCAACAAGGUGAAAAUGAGCGGCAGUGAAAAAUAAAAGCGAACAUGAACACAUGAAACAAAAUAUUGGGUAAUCACAUACGACAAUUCCUCCAUAUGAAUAACGUGUAACUAGGAAGUUUGAAGUUUAACGUGUACAAAACGGCGUUGUAGUCGUGCAAAACAACGGCAAGGGAAAGACAAAAAAGCGUGCUGCACGUGCAAAUUUGUUUUUUGAUAAUUAGAAGAACUUAGAAAAGUGUGCUGCACGUGCAAUUUGUUUUUUUGCUAAUUAGAUCUAUUAGUCUUGGAUCCAUUUUCAAUGUCGUCCCCGUUUAGCAUUACACGAUUUAAUUUUUGUUGCUUACACGUAUUAUUAACCAGAGCUUGGCUUUUAGCCCUGGCUAAGCUAUAUAUUAGAGUGAAACGAUAAGGAGAGAAGAGAAAGUCAAAAGCCUCCUUCAUGUUUCUACAGAUAAAUCCAUGCAAAUUGAUUUCCAAAAGUGUUUUUAUCCUCAAAUUCUUUAUAACUAUUAAAAUCGAUAGAGAUAAAAAGUUAGCCUUCAAAUUGUUGAGGUAAAAAUUGGUUUAUAAUUUUAGUUCUCUUUUUGCCCAAUACAUGUGUGCAGCAACGUGGCCGGUCAACUGAAGCCACUUGUUACAGAAAACUCCACUGUAAUUGGUUAAGGAAGCAUAAGCUACAAGGCUUUUCUCAAUUUUUGUAUCUUUAUAAUGCGUAGAUAACUGUCCAAAUUGUUUUUUCGUUUGGUUUUUGGGUCUGAUAACAUCACCUCAAUUCCUGUCAAUUAACCCUCCAAAACUCAUGUAUAGCCGGAGCAUCUUUUACUGUAUUAGUUGUUUAAAAUGGUAUUUUACAAUUUGCGUUGCACCAAAGGAUGGGCUUUCCAGAAUAUCACGCAGAGCAAGAAGUUUGAAAAUUAAUGUCAUAAUUAUCUUUUUUUAUUUUACAUUUUAUGACUGCCCCCCCCCCUUUUUUCUCCUUAAGGCUACCAAAAAGCUCAAAAACAAAUAGCAGAAUCCGUCUCUAAUCUGUUAAUUUCCGCGACAUAUAAUUAUACAGUCGUAGAUCACGAAAUAGUUUUGAAAACCGGAGACAGUCUUGGGGAUGGAACCAAUGCAGAUCCUUUCAUGAAGCUGAUUGGAAGUAAUGGCGAAACCCCCUUUGAGCUCGUAACGUCGGGAGGAAUGCUUUAUGCUGAUGAAAACGAGCAGGGCGCGUGAGUUUUUUUGCUUGUUUGUUUGUAUAGACAUAUAAACGUUUAUAACCCACCAAUUAAUUUUCGCACGAUUUUAUCUGCCAUUUUGGGUCACGUGGUAGCAAAUCAGAGGGCGAGUAUCAGGCCGUACACCCCACCCGUCCGCGUAGAUAUUUGCCCUACGUUAAUUUCCGCAACAUAUUAAAUAUAGUCGUAGAUCACGCAAUAAUUUUGAAAACCGAGGACAGCUGGCUUGCUGGAACCAAUGGAGACCCUUUCUUGAAGCUGAUUGGAAGUACUGGCGAAACUCCUUUUGAGCUCGUAACGUCGGGAGGAAUGCUUUAUGUUGAUGAAAACGAACGGGGCGCGUGAGUUGUUGCUUUCUUUAUUUUUGUUGCUUGAAUUUUGUCCUUUAAUAAUUUCAAGGGCGUGGUCCCGGGAUUGAGUGGGCUUUUAUAUUCAACCUAUAUACAUACGUACCACGUGAUUAAGUACGGUAGGUAUUUUUGACAUGAUCAGACGGCGCAAACGCCGGCUGACUGCUGAACUCAGUUAGUGACACGGCUUAUUAUACCUGAACUAAUAAUCUAAAGCAUAGCUAGAGCAAGUUUGAGGAAAAAAUGAAAAGGCAUUCUAGGCACAUUCAGCUGCGCCUUACGCGAGAAUGAAUGGUUAAACGUAUAGCGAGAAACUUUAACUUAUUUUUAGCGUGAAUGUUCACACAAGCAUAGCUUUUCUGUCGUCAUAUAUCCCCAACUCGUAAGUGCUCUUUUUUCAGCAUUGAAACUCACGAACUACCUUUUCCAAAUGUGGGGACGAUUUUAUCUAUUAAGGUGGCCUUAGUGAAUAAAGGAGAGACGCCCUCGGAGACAAGAAAGCGAGGUUUUAUUGCGGACUGGACUAACGGAAAGUGGAUUCCGAAACACGAGAAGAGAUUCUUCUUCUCGACUGAUGGAUGGACUCUUGAAUCUGUAAGUAAACAUAAAAGAUAAAAUGAAGUCUAAAAGAAGAUUUCAGUUAAAAAAGACCCAUGGUUCACCUCAAGUUAUGAGGGCAUCACAAAACAGUUAUUUGCCGAAGUGGUAGCCUCCCACGCAGACGUUCUUACGGGUUCGUCACGCAAUCAUUCCUCUCCCACGAGAGGGUAGGAACGCGUGACGAACCCCUAAGAACGUUUGCGUGGGAGGCUACCGAAGUGGAGACACAGAGGUUGUUUGUGAUACUCUUUUUUAGCAACAAUAUACUUUAUUACAAUCUUAUAAAAAGCUGCACAAAAAACUUAAGUAAAAUAUUCAUAAAAAGAAAACGUCAAUAUCAGUACAAAAUUGCGGCAAAACCCCUUCGCAAUUCAAAAUUUCAAGAGAUCACAUAGAGUUAUAAAAAAAAUCAAAUGAAAAGUCCCAGUGUAUGACAUAAACGUCAAUGCGCUGAUCCUAAUAAUACGGAAAAGUUUCUAAUCCAUGAGGCGAGACUGAUAUGGCUAUUGCUGUUCAUUUUCCCUACCAAUUUCCCGAUAAGAAGACGUAACUAAACUGAGAUUAAGAUACUCUUGAGCUCUAAUUAAGAACGCUGCUAAACCCAUGUCUGAUUACCAGCACAUUGUUGAUGAUAGCGGACUUCUUACAGUCUGCCUUUUCUCUUAAAAUCCGUCUAGUUCUUAUCUCAGCCAGCGCGAUUGCAAACCACAACGCGGUUAUGCAGUAACUUUGCAAAGAAAAAUAAGAGACUGCCCGAAGUCUAUGUUGAUGAAAAUUCGUCUGCUUUUAACAACAAAGCCAAAUGUCUUGGUUUAAGAACCUGCUGGCAGAAAUUUGCAAUUCUAAUACCCAAAGAUGUAAGAACCUGUUAAGCCAUCGUCAAACCCAAAAGUACACAAGUUAACAUACACAUCUAACUUUAUAUAUUUCCUUUUUCUCACCUUAUCUUGGGUUUAUUUCAAUAACAGGUAACCUUGGAUGGCACACAGUUCGGAGGGGCGACGCUGUAUGUGGGAGACGAGGCGACUGUUUAUCCCGCAUCAUCAAAUAACGGUUGAA